GCCUCUUUCAUCGAUACUAAAACCAGCGAAGCUUCGCUUACACACGAACAAACACAUCAAAGCGAGAGAAAAAAAUUAAACGAACAAACGAAAAUCUCCGGAGAUUUAAUCCAUCGCCGGUAAUUGUUAAAGACGGUGGGAAGAGAUGGCUGGACAGUCGCGGAAAUGGAUGAUCCUGGUGGCGACGAUCUGGAUUCAAGCUUUCACUGGUACGAAUUUCGAUUUCUCGACGUACUCGUCGGAUUUGAAAUCGGUUCUAGGGAUUUCACAAGUACAGUUGAACUACCUCGCCGUCGCUUCGGAUCUCGGGAAAGUUUUCGGUUGGUCAUCGGGAUUGGCACUCUUGUAUUUCCCUCUCUGGACAGUUCUCUUCGCGGCCGCGAUCAUGGGUUUCGUCGGGUAUGGUGUUCAGUGGCUCGUCAUCACUAACAUUAUCUCUUUGCCGUACAUUCUGGUGUUUCUGUGUUGUUUGCUAGCUGGGCUAAGUAUCUGUUGGUUUAACACAGUCUGCUUUGUGCUCUGCAUCAGAAACUUCCCUGCAAACAGAUCACUCGCACUUUCCCUCACAGUGAGCUUCAAUGGCGUAAGUGCUGCGUUAUACACUCUUGCUUACAACGCGAUUAAUCCUAUUUCCACACAGCUAUAUCUUCUCUUAAACGCCCUUAUACCUCUUAUUGUCUCCUUCGCUGCUCUCAUCCCUAUUCUUCGCCAACCACCUCUUGAACCUCUUUCACCAGAUGGAGUUCGUAGAGACUCUCUCAUGUUUCUCUUGCUAAACAUCUUAGCGGUUUUGAACGGAGUGUAUCUGCUUCUCUUUGGUUCAAAGACUUCUGAUGCAACCUCGGCUCGUCUGCUCUUUGGUGGAUCAAUUCUUCUCUUGAUUCUUCCUUUAUGCCUUCCCGGUCUAGUCUACGCUCGUAAUUGGUAUCUGCACAAUGUCCACUCCAGUUUCCGUUUAGAAGGCUCCGGUUUCAUUCUUGUUGAUGUUGAUGAGCUUGAGAUUCAUAAAGGAAUGGUCACACGUGAAGCUAGCUUCGAUGGCUAUCAGUUGCUAAACGAUGAUGGAGCGCGAACAGCCAUUACUCCUGAUCAGAAGAGUUUCAUUGAAGAUGACAACGGAUCUUGUUGCAAUAAGCUCAUUAUGGGAAAUCAGCUUGGAAUGCUUGGAGAAGAACAUCCUCUGACUUUGCUCUUGCGCAGAUUAGAUUUCUGGCUUUACUACAUAGCGUAUUUUUGCGGUGGCACCAUUGGACUUGUCUAUAGCAACAACCUUGGACAGAUUGCACAAUCUCUAGGACAAAGCUCGGAGACAACAACUCUCGUCACACUUUAUUCGUCUUUCUCAUUCUUUGGUCGAUUGCUUUCAGCAACACCAGACUAUAUCAGAGCGAAGUUUUAUUUCGCUAGAACCGGGUGGCUAACCAUUGCUCUUUUACCAACCACAAUCGCUCUGUUCUUGUUGGCAUCAUCGGGAAGUUUGUCAGCGUUACAAGCAGGAACAGCUCUAAUUGGUCUAAGCUCGGGUUUCAUAUUUGCAGCAGCGGUUUCUAUCACAUCUGAGCUAUUUGGACCCAACAGCGUCGGGGUUAACCACAACAUACUCAUCACAAACAUACCGAUAGGAUCGUUGGUCUACGGUUUCUUAGCUGCUUUGGUCUAUGAGUCCCAUAGCAUGGCUGGGUCGAAUACCGAGUCGGUUAUAUGUAUGGGACGAGACUGUUACCAUCUAACGUUUUUGUGGUGGGGAUGCUUGUCGGUGAUUGGGCUAGCAUCAAGUGUUGUCUUGUUUCUGAGAACUAGAAGAGCUUAUCAACGUUUUGAACAAGAUCGGAUAACUUCAAGCAUGCUCUAUUCUUAGAAAUUUUCUCCAAUCGUGUUAUUGCGGGGGGAAAAAGUUGAAAAUGACGAAUAAAAGUUUGUGCAGAACUGUGUUGGUUUCACAAAAGUUUUGACCUUUUUGCAGAAAUAAGAACAGGGAGAAUAUUAAGAUAUAACUUUGGUCAGAAGAAAACUUUGAGUUUCUUUUCGUGGCAAAGGAUCGUUAAGUGAACCGGCGACAUUAAAAAAUUCACGGUUUAGCAACCUUGAACUCUUGCUUUACCGAACCAAACCAAUGGGUUAAGGCUUGUGUUUUGUUUCAAACUUGUGUGACAUUUUUAAUGAACUAUCUUGGUGCUAGUAUCAGCAAUGUCUUGAUGGAA